UCUCGCGGUCUUAUUUGCUUCUGAUCUUUUACCUCGACAUCAUACAAAACAUUCUUGGAUAAGCAUACCUAGUAACUCCAACAUAUAUCCCCUUUAGCAUCUUCUCUCUUUUUUUCCCCCGUCCUUUUAUACCAGCCUGCCAAACAUGUCUUCUCUCAAGGGCCCUGCUCCUCAGCACCACGACGGCUCCGGCCUUCGCAUCGGCAUCGUCCACGCCCGCUGGAACACCACCAUCAUCGAGCCUCUCCUGGCCGGCACAAAGGCGAAGCUGCUAGAGGCUGGCGUCAAGGAGUCCAACAUUGUGAUCCAGUCUUGCCCCGGCUCGUGGGAGCUCCCCAUUGCCGUUCAGCGACUAUUCUCUGCCUCUCAGAUCCAGUCCAAUGCUUCCGGCGCUCCCUCAGCUACCGACCUCCUCGGUGCUUCCACCCACGACCUAACCGCCCUCUCCGCCGGCGACUCCAGCGGACCCUUUGACGCAAUCAUCGCCAUUGGCGUGCUCAUCAAGGGCGAGACCAUGCACUUUGAGUACAUUGCCGAUUCCGUCUCCCAGGGCCUCAUGCGCGUCCAGCUCGACAUCGGCAUCCCCGUCAUCUUCGGCGUUCUGACCGUGCUCACUGAGGAGCAGGCAAAGUCCCGCGCGGGUAUUAGCACGAGCGCUGAGGGCAAGGGCCACAACCACGGAGAAGAUUGGGGCCUAGCGGCUGUGGAGAUGGGCGUCAAGAAGAACGAGUGGGCAACCGGAAAGAUCCAGGGCUAAAACUACAUUUACAUACAUACAAAAAAAAAAAAGAAGAAAUCUUCCGAGAAAUACCAAACACUAGGGCGUUUGAGAAGAGCGAUUUUACGAAAACCCCCCAUAUAAAGAAAAAGGCACGCUGGCAAGAUAUUGGCAAGAAUAGAGCCAAAGUGUCGACUCCAUAAAGCUCAGUCAGAUAUUAUGAUACAGCUAAUCAGUUCAUAUACCACCCAUUAGCAGCUAGCUACAAAAAAAAACAAGAAGAAAUUGGCCGCUUUGGAUUAGAUACAUCCGUUUUGAUUUCCCAACGAUAUUUUUU